AUGACAAGAAAUAGACAGUGGGGGUCAAGGCUUUGGAUAUUACCGGAACUCCUCCUCUGUCCAGCAAAACACAGAAUAUGGCUCUACGUUGUCGGAGACCCUACGGAGCCGAAGCCAGUGGCAGAACGGAACUUUGCAGAGAAGGCUUGGGACGAUGCGGAGGCUGUCAAGGUAUUCGUCAGUCAUUUCGAGGGCUCGGUGAUCCUGAUCUCUGUGAACUUGAUCGAAGUGGCAUUAGAGUGUUUUGCUCGGCGCCAAACCAACCAAUUCAAACAGGGAAACAUAACCUACGCAACCAUGGGCCUCUUUCCUAGCCGUCUCCGUCCACAAGCGAACAAUGCCGCCUUUCUCGGUCGCUUGAUCUGUCCCUCUCCACCACCCGAUGCUCUUUGGUAUCACACCCAGUACCAAUGGGUAGCAAGAUUUGGAGAUAUUCAUCGAUUUCUCAAAGUGCAAGUCGUUUCAGGCUCCGACACAGUCAUUUUUGAUGGCAUCUACGGAGCGGCAAUCCAAUGA